UCAGUUUCAAUUGUGAUGUGACAACGAUAGCAAUUCAACUUCAGGGACUCCAAAUUAAAAAAAAAAAAAAAUUGUGAAAAAAGAUAUCAAUCGGCCAAAAAAAUGGUUCAUUUAAAUUUAAACAAUCCUGAAAGUGUGUUUUAUGGCAACUAUCGACGGCAGUUAGCAGCAACCCUUACAGUUAAUUUAAUUGCAUUUUCUCAUGGCAUCGGACUAGGAUGGGUGGCUCCAAUGCUUUUAAUUUUUCAAUCCCCCGAAUCACCCUUAGCAUUUAAUGUAUCGGUACAAGAAAUUUCGUGGAUUGGUGCAUAUGUCGGUGUGGGAGCAGUUACUGGCAGUUUAAUAUUUGGUGUACUUCUUGACCUUAUUGGACGUAAAAAGUGUUUGUAUAUUGUAGCUGUUCCACACAUAUUCUUUUGGAUCCUGGUAUUUAUUGCCAAUGACGUUAAUUACCUUUAUAUAGCUCGAAUAUUAGGAGGCACUACUGGCGGUGGCUUAUAUGCAAUCUUACCUAUUUUUGUGGCUGAAAUUGCUGACUCAAAAAUCCGAGGUACCCUAUGUUCAAUUUUUAUUUUUACCUUAAACAUUGGAAUGCUUGUUGGCAAUAUUAUUGCAUCGCACGUUCCAUAUUUGAUUAUUCCAUGCGCUGUAAUAGUGCUUCCAGUAUUGUUUCUUAUCAUCAUUGUGCAAUUUCCUGAAACACCACAGUUUUUACUUCGUCAAAAUCUGAAUAAUGCAGCUGAAAAAUCUUUGAAAUAUUACACAAAUAUCAACGCUAAUAACAAAGAUGAACUUCAGCAAUUUGAAGUCAAUUUUAAUGAGAUGAAAGAGUUGAUUUUGUCUUCGAAAAACAAAGAAAGUUUUUCCUUGAUGGACUUUUGUACUAAGAGAUCAAUGAAGAGUCUUCUAAUGGGAUUAAUUCUCAUUGUAAUUUAUAAUUUCACUGGAAUUUAUGCUAUCCUCAACUACUCAUCUCUAAUUUUCGCCGAAGCCCAUGCCUCAAUGGAUCCGAAAACCAAUACAAUUAUUAUUGGAGUCUUUCAGAUAUUUGGAUCAUAUUGUGCAUUCGUUCUUAUUGAUAAAUUCGGUCGAAAAUUUCUCAUGUUGGUGUCUUUGAUUGGAAUGUGUCUUGGUUUUACAUUGAUUGGAGUACACUCGUACAUGGUCACUAAUUUAGCAUUUGACAGUGCAAAAUGGCUUCCUGUUGUGCUUAUGUCAUUUAUAAUUUUAGCAGCAAAUAUUGGCGUUAUGUCAGUUACUUUUAUAAUACUUGUUGAGAUACUUCCUCCAAAGAUAAGAUCUCUUGCAACAACAUUGUGUCUGGUUUUUGGGAGUUUAAUGAGCGGUGUAGUUCUAAAAGCAUUUCCAGUAUUAAUGGUAAUUGCAGGACUAUCAGGUGCCAUGUGGAUAUUGGCAUGCUUUUCUGCAUUUGGAUUUAUUUUUUACUUAGUAUUUGUUGGUGAAACAAAGGGCAAAAAUUUGAAUGAUCAAGAAGGAUAUCAUUCUUACUUCUUGUGUUUUCAAAAUUUAAAUAAAAAAAUUAAAAAGCAAUUGACCAAAAAAAAAAUGGUUCAUUUAAAUUUGAAAAAUCCUGAAAGUGUGUUUUAUGGCAACUAUCGACGACAAUUGUUAGCAACUUUGACAGUUAAUUUACUUGCAUUUUCUCAUGGCAUUGGACUAGGAUGGGCAGCUCCAAUGCUUUUUAAUUUUCAAUCCAUUGAUUCACCUUUAGCAUUUAACAUAUCUGUGCAAGAAACUUCAUGGAUUGGUGCCAAUAUUAGUGUGGGAGCAGUAAUUGGCAAUGUCUCAUUUGGUAUCCUUCUUGAUAUUAUUGGACGGAAAAAGUGUUUAUAUCUUUUAGCUGUACCACACAUAUUCUUUUGGAUCCUGAUAUUUUUUGCCAGUGACGUAAAUUACCUUUAUAUAGCUCGAAUAUUAGGAGGUACUACUGGAGGUGGCAUAUACGUAGUUCUUCCUAUUUUUGUGGCAGAAAUCGCUGAUUUAAAAGUUCGAGGUACCUUAUGCUCAGUUUUUAGUUUUACUUUGAACGUUGGAAUGCUUAUAGGCAAUAUUGUUGCAUCACACGUUCCAUAUUUGAUUAUUCCGUGUGUUAUAAUAGUGCUUCCAGUAUUGUUUCUUAUCAUCAUUCUGCAAUUUCCUGAAACGCCACAGUUUUUACUUCGUCAAAAUCUGAAUAAUGCAGCUGAAAAAUCUUUGAAAUAUUACACAAAUAUCAACGAUAAUAACAAGGAUGAGCUACAGCAAUUUGAAAUCAAUUUUAAUGAGAUGAAACAGCUGACUUCAUCUUCAGGAAACAAAGAAAAGCUUUCCUUGAAGGACAUCUGUACUAAAAGAUCAAUAAAGAGUCUUCUUAUAGGACUUGUCUUUGGGAUAGUUUUUAGUUUUACUGGAAUAUAUGUCAUCCUUAACUACUCAGCGUUAAUCUUUGCCGAAGCGCAUUCCUCAAUGGAUCCGAAAACCAAUACGAUUAUCAUUGGAGCUUUCCAGAUAGUUGGAUCAUAUUGUGCAUUCGUCCUUAUUGAUAAGUUUGGAAGAAAAAUUCUGAUGUUGGUGUCUUUGAUUGGAAUGUGUCUUGGUUUUACAUUGAUUGGAGUACACUCGUAUAUGGUCACUAAUUUCGCAUUUGACAGUGCAAGAUGGCUUCCAAUUGUCCUGACGUCAUUUAUAAUUUUAGCAGCAAAUAUUGGUGUUAUGUCAAUUACUUUUAUAAUACUUGUUGAGAUACUUCCUCCAAAGAUAAGAUCUUUUGGUACUGCAUCAUGUCUGAUGUUUACGAGUUUAACAAGCUUUAUUGCGUUAAAAGUAUUUCCAGUAUUGAUGGUCUUUGUCGGACUAUCAGGUGUUAUGUGGAUAUUUGCAUGCUUUUCUGCAUUUGGAUUUUUAUUUUUCUUAAUAUUCGUUGGAGAAACAAAAGGCAGGAAUUUGAAUGAUGAAGAAACGUACAAUUAGA